UGUUUGCUUAUAACUUCAUAAACACACAUAUAAUGGCGGGCAUAACGUCCAAAAUGUUGUUUUUGAAUAAGACCCCCAUGUUAGUGAAGGCCACGUCUGAUGAUUCUAGUCCAACGCCUGGGUAUCUAUAUGAAGAUAUCAAAAAUCUCACAUUUGGCUCUCCAGGACAGACUGCAGCGUUACUUGAUUUUCUAGUGGAAAGAUUGGAAUACCGUUCCUGUUAUGUUAAAUUAAAGGUUCUCAACGUCAUGAUUCGUUUAGUGCAGAAGGGUCAUCCAGACUUUGCCGCUGGAUUGCGCCGUAGAGCAACAGGCAUCAACCAAGCAACCAUGCACAGUGGACCUCGGCAUGCCCUCCAUGAUAAUGCACCAUAUAUUGCUGUCAGAAAAGCUGCUUCAGAAUUGUCAACCAUCUUGUUUGACACAGAGAAAGAAGCAGAUACCACUGGAAGUUCUAUGGAUUCAGCAGGAUAUGGUGUGAAUAAAUCGAAAACAACCAUGGAAGGCUUUGGGAAUACUCAGCCAGCACAAGAAAAGACAUUUACAGAUCAAAUUAAAAAUGGUAUCCAACAGCUUACAGAGAGCUUCUCAGCAAUAGAAGACAGUACUCACUCCGACUGCAGUGGAAAAGUGUAUAAAGCAAUACCGAGCAGUACCAGCAAAAGCUACCCAAACAAGAGUACUAACAAGGGAUCCUUAAUAGGGAACACACCUGAUGUAGGUACUGCUGCUGGUAGGAGAGAAGAUGUAAAGAAAUCUACGAAAAAUAAAGUUGUUCAAAAUCCUGACCUAGCAAGGAUAAUAUAUAAAGGUGGUAAAGCAGGGGGAGGAUGGGAGGACGAUGGAUCAUCCGAUGGUGUUAGCAGUGGUCAUAGUAAUGGAAGUGAACCGUGGUCAGAGAAGCUGGAAUCUGCUGUUGUUGAGGACUGGAAUCAGGAGGCUAACUGUGUUGAAGACAUAGUUGGGAGCCGCGAGGGCAGGCUAAUACCGUCUCGUCAGGAGCUUGAUCAACUAGAAAGAAGGUGCAAUACACUGAACUGUGAUCAGGUGCUUGAGUUUUUGAUACAAAAAAUAACCAACUAUGACAGCAUAAUUCAGAUGAGGGCGCUUUGUGCUAUUGAACGUCUGUUGAAUACUGAUCUGCUAGGUCUUGUUAGUGAAAUGCUCCAUGGCUCUCUGCAAACGGUCGUUUUAGCUGAGUCAAGCAGUAAACAGGCUGUUUCUAAAGCAAAGAAGAUUUUACGUCAAAUCCAAAAUGCAGUUAAACAAGAAGAAUUGAGAAAUGAACCAAAAAACGCAUCUUAUGCAGGACAGGAUUUGAUUACAACCACAAGCAAUGAAAGUGUAUGUAAUGAUUUAAAAGAUGAUUACAACCUCCAAAAGGGACUCCCAACAAAUUUUAAUGAGUCUGGACAGAAAAAUGCAAUUGUAGAUGAUCAUAUUGGACAUAAAUCGGACAAAUUUUCGGUAUCUUUGUUUGAUGGUUUGAUGAUGAAACCUGACGAUAGUGAAAAUGGAAGCAAUAACACGUUAAAGGGGACAAAAGAAAUUAAAGCAAACACAUUAGGAAAUAAUUUGCCUAUUGGUGCACAAGUCUUGGACUUGCUUACGGAACAAAAUACAGUGGGAAACAGUAGAAUUGUUGGUAAUAGUGUUAUGACCACUUCAGUAGUUGUUGAUGAUUCUAAUGUCAAGGAAUCAAACAGCUGUUCUAGAGAACCCUGUGGUGGUACAAGACAACCACAGUACAAGGAGUCAACCAAAGACCCUCUGUUAUCCAGUGACAAUAACAUUGACUAUCUUCUAGCAUCCAUGAAUUUUAAAGUGGAUAGUAAGAAAGUAGUCUCAAGUGCGACAAAUGAUAAAAUUGUAAUGAACCAGACACAAACGACUCUUCUGCCGCAACGGCAGCAAUCCCUGGAUAAAGACAGGAUCACUGCUAUGUUUCCUCAGCUCUCCACCAGUACUCUGAGUGGAAGCAGUGCCAUUCCUCUUCAGUUGGGGAAGGAUAAUACAGGAAGCUUUGGGUUUAUAACUCAGACUAAUACUAGAUCUAAACCAAAACCAAAAGAGAACUUUGAUUUUGUACAAGAAGCCAUGAAAUCUGCUAUACCAAAAUGAAUUUUUUUUUGUAUAUUUGAUUUCUUAUUUGCAUUGUUUUUUAGCAGCCUUCAUUCGAAAUGAUCAUUUUUUAGGACAAAGGACAACUACAAAUACAGCUUGUGCAAUUUAAAUUACAGUAAAAUUAUUUUUUUAUAUUAAAAUGUCCUUUCAAAAUAUGAAUGUGCUAUUAUCCAUUUGUUCAGCAAGUAAAUAUAGCUUAGUUAAGGGGUAUUAAAAUAUUGGGGCUGAUGGGGAAAAUGCACUAGCUAUUACAUCAUCAUGCUCUAGUGUUUUAGUUGUAUUUUGCUAAAUACUGUAUAUAAAAUGGCAUUGAAAAAUUGUUAGACUUGAGAUAAAAUUUGACUUGCAGAUCAUUAACAUAAUAGAAAACAAGAAUUUAGCAUGUAAAAAAAGAUCGACUUAGGCAAGUUUAACUGUAUUUUCAUUGAAAAUUAGCCAUAAAGUUAAUGGAAAUAAAGCUCUAUUUUUGCUAAUUAAA